AUGGCUCUCACCGAGUCUUCCGCGCCUCUCACCAACGGCGCAUCGCAGCCCCUCUCCCCCGAAGAGCGCAAACGUCUCCUACGACGCAAGAUCAUCUCCCUCGCCGGCUCGGUAUGCGUCGCCCUCUCCGCCGGCUCCAACUACGCGUUCUCCUCCUUCGCACCCCAACUUCAAGAGUCGCUCCACCUCACCUCCACGCAGAUCAACCUCAUCGGCAUUGCGGGCAAUGCAGGCGUCUACCUCUCGUCGCCGCUGUGGGGGCGGUUCAUCGACAAGCGCGGGCCGCACACGGCGCUCAUCGUUGCAGCUGUGCUCGUGCCGAUUGGGUACUCAGGUCUGUCGCUGAGCUACUCGGGCGACUGGUCGUUGCAUUCGACAAGCCUGUUGUUCGGCCUGAACCUGCUGACUGGCUUGGGAAACAGUGGCGGGUUCACAGCGGCGAUGAAUGCGCAGGCCAAGAGCUGGGGCGGCAGUCGGAGGGGUACCGCAACCGCGCUGGUGUUGUCUGGGUUUGGGCUGAGUGCCUUCUUCUACUCGUCUCUGUCGCAUCUGCUAUUCCCGGGCAACACCGGCGACUAUCUGUUGCUGCUAGCCUUCGGAAGUAUGACGAGCAUGCUGAUCGGUCUCGGGUUGAUCAAGAUCAUCCCACCCAUCGCGGAACCAGACGAAGACCGACAGGAUUCCCCACAAGCCGCGCGCGACUACCUACGCCGUCGAACCUCCUCGGACAUCGGUGCGCGCGCUACCAUCUGGCAGCAGCCCGAGACGCUUUCCGGCUCCCCCUCCGACGACGAGACCGAAGCCGAAUCCUCCCGCAACGCCACCACCCGCCUCGACGAGGACGGCGACAUCGAUCCCGAAUCCCAAGGUCUUCUUUCGGGUCGGGACGAAUCGAAACGCGAUUCGGCCACGGACAUCGAUCCGGCGCAUAUCGACAUUUCCGGUCGCCGUCUCUUUCAGCAGCUCGACUUUUAUCUCAUCUUCCUCGUCAUGACGCUUGUCUCCGGGGCGGGGUUGUUGCUGAUCAACAAUGUGGGGACGAUCACCAAGACGCUGUGGGAUUUCAAUCAUCGGGACAAUCCGGUUCUCGUCGCUGCAUCCAACGCUCCUCUUCGCAGGACUGCGUUCGAAGCGAUGAAGCUGAGCGCCAAGUCGUCCGUCCAACAGUUGCAGGCGAAACAAGUCUCGGCCAUCUCGCUGUGCAAUUUCUCGGGUCGAAUCAUCAUUGGUCUGCUUUCGGACUUGCUCGUCAAUCGAACGGGUACGGCUGCGGAUCGCGUAUGGCUCCUGAUCGUGGUGACAACCCUGGCGCUGGCGAGUCAGAUCCUGGCCGCUUACCCAGGCGCCAUCGGAACCACCGACGACCUCUUCGCCGUCUCUUCCCUCACGGGUUUGGCCUACGGUACACUCUUCGGCGUAUGCCCCACUCUCGUCUUCGAAUGGUUCGGCAUGAAGCAUUUCAGUCAGAACUACGGUUUCGUUUCCCUCUCCCCCGUCGUUGCAGGGAACGUGUUCAAUUUGCUCUUCGGACACAUCUACGACUCUCAUGUUCCACAGGAUACGACGAUGUUAGCCACGGUGCUCGAGGCGAUGAAGGGACACAGGGACGACCAUCCCGCUGCGAGACACCUCUGCAUGGACGGAGAGGAGUGCUAUCGUCAGGUGUUUGUCGUUACGAGCAUAGGAUGUGCGCUGGCGGUGGUGAUUAGUGCAGGGUUGAUCUGGAGACGCGCAAGGAACGUGCCGAGGUUCAUGAGUCGUGGGUGA